UUGCGAGGGUGAGAGUAUCGUGAUCAUAUCGCACCCUCGUUUUAUCCUCACUUGUUCGCUUCCCGAGUUCCCCCGAGGCCACCAAAGCCCCCCCGUCCCCGCUUGGACCGCUCCCAUGGCGACCGCGGCGGCGUUCUCCUCCUUCUACCCGCUCCCUUCCCUCUUCUCUAAACCUACCCUUCGCCUUCGGACCCUCCGCCGGGUCCCUUUGAUCCGGGCCUCCUCCUCCUCUCCGAUCGAGUUCAACAUCUCUUUCGGCGCGCCCCCCGCAAGGAAGAGUCGGCGGCCGCGGCCCCCAAAACCACCCUGGUUCCCGACCGCUUCUCGCAGGAUCCCUCCGGCCCGCCCCUUCCCCUCCUCAUCCCAUGGAUCGUCCGCGACGAGAAUGGCAACCUCACCCUCCAGUCCUCCCCUCCCGCCCGCUUCCUUCACGCCAUGGCCGAAGCCAAGACCACCAAGAAGGACAAAAAGAAGAAAAACGAUAAUAAGCCUUCGACACCAUCAGCUUCUUCUUCAAGUGGCUCGGCACCAAAGUAUUCCAAGGCUGCCAGGAGGUUCUACAAUGAGAAAAUUAGGGAGCCACAGCGGCUUAGUAAAGUUCUUGCCGCUGCUGGAGUGGCUUCCAGGCGGAGUUGUGAGGAGCUUAUCUUUGAAGGGAAAGUGACUGUUAAUGGGUCUGUGUGCACUUCCCCCCAGACUCGGGUUGAUGUUCUCAAGGAUUCAAUCUAUGUUAAUGGUAACCGUCUUUCUAAGAAGCUGCCUCCAAAAUUAUAUUUUGCGCUUAACAAGCCAAAAGGGUAUAUUUGCUCAAAUGGCGAGGAACCAAAAUCGGUUAUCUCCUUAUUCGAUGACUAUUUCAAGAGUUGGAACAAAACAAAUCCAGGAAUACCAAAGCCACGAUUAUUUACUGUGGGCCGCCUUGAUGUUGCAACAACGGGCUUGAUUCUUCUUACGAAUGAUGGUGAUUUUGCUCAAAGGCUUUCUCAUCCCUCAUCUGAAUUGGCAAAAGAAUAUAUAGCAACUAUAGAGGGGAGUGUUCAUAAACGGCAUCUCUUAGCCAUUAGUGAUGGCACCCAAAUUGAAGGAGUCCACUGCAUACCUGAUUUUGUAGAGUUAUUGCCGGUUCAUGAAGGAAGAAAUCAUGAAGUACGCGAACUUAUAAAGAAUGCAGGACUACAGCUUCAUUCACUGAAGCGUGUACGUGUAGGCGGAUUCAAGCUACCAUCAGAUCUUGGGCUUGGCAAGUAUGUUGAACUUGAACAACCUGACAUCAAGUUGUUGGAAGGGAAUGCUCAAAAGAGUACUUGAGCAAUAUGUCAUUGAGUCAGAUUCCAUACCAAGCUGGAACAUUUCAUCGGAACAAGAACGACCCAGCAUUUCAUAUCCAUUAGUUGUUGUUCAUCAAAAUUCCAGGCAUCAUGAGAUAAAUCUGCUGUAAGCCCUAUGAAAUGUGGAAUCAUUUCAUCUUGCUUCCAAAAUAUACGCUUCUUUGAAGCUUAUGAAGAUGAGGAUUAUUGAGUAACCAAUGGACCACCGAUCAUGAAGCUUCCUCAGUGCAGGGUGUCAUCUGCACUGCCAUGCAAAGUAGAGUCAUAACUGUUCAAGGAUAUGGUUGCAAUAUUAAGGAGGUGUACUUUGGUUUCGCUCAAGUCUGAAUACUUCUUCUCAUUCAUCAAAUUUCACCUUUCUCAUGUGAAGAAAGUGUACAGAUUUCAUGGUUUUGGUCAACUACAGGAAGAUGAGAAAUGAGGUUAGAAGGGGAAGCAGACAAGUGUUCCACAGCUCCAGUUGCAGAUGUCCUCAUUUCCACGGGUGAAACCAAGUAAAAGAGAUUUGGUUUUUAAUUAGUUAGUGGCACACAACUACUGUAAUUAGCUGUGUUAUUGCACCAAGGAGAGGGGGAAAAAGGAGUGUGUACUAUGUUCAAGGGCCUUGUGUGAAUGUGUGGGCAGAUUAUGAAUUCAUGUCUUUCUAUAUAUUAAUAUGUUUAUUUGUUCACUUUUAUUUAUUAGAUUAAUAUCUGACCAUUGGA